AUGUCGGCGGCGAUCGCCGCCCUCGCCUCCUACGGUGGUUCCGACUCGGAGCCCGACUCAGAGCCCGAGGCCGAGAGCGGCUCCCAGAGUGCUGUUGUGCUCGCCAGUCGGGACGCCGUGCUGCACCUCCGGGGACCGCCUGCUGCCCCCGCGACGCUGGCCGUUGACGCGGCCCCGGAAGUAGCCGUGAAGGAAGAUGUGGAAACAGGAGUCCACCUUGAUCCUGCUAUCAAGGAAGUUCAGUACAAUCCCACUUAUGAAACCAUGUUUGCACCAGAGUUUGGACCAGAAAACCCAUUUAGGACUCAACAAAUGGCUGCACCUAGAAAUAUGCUUUCUGGAUAUGCAGAACCAGCUCACAUCAAUGAUUUCAUGUUUGAACAACAACGAAGAACAUUUGCAACCUAUGGUUAUGCAUUAGAUCCCUCUAUAGAUAAUGCUGAAGUUGCCACCAAAUAUAUUGGUUCUGUCGAAGAAGCUGAAAAAAAUCAAGGUUUAACAGUGUUUGAAACAGGACAAAAGAAAAUUGAAAAAAGGAAGAAAUUUAAAGAGAAUGAUGCAUCCAAUAUUGAUGGAUUUCUGGGACCGUGGGCAAAGUAUGUUGAUGAAAAAGAAGUAGCCAAACCAUCAGAAGAAGAACAGAAAGAGUUGGAUGAAAUAACAGCUAAGAGGCAAAAGAGAGGAAAAGUAGAAGAUGAUAAGCCUGGAGAGGAAAAGACUAUAUUACAUGUUAAGGAAAUGUAUGACUAUCAGGGCAGAUCCUAUCUUCAUGUCCCUCAAGAUGUGGGAGUUAAUCUCCGUUCUACAGUGCCACCUGAGAAGUGCUAUCUCCCAAAGAAACAAAUCCAUGUGUGGUCUGGACAUACAAAGGGUGUCAGUGCAGUGAGAUUGUUCCCUCUCUCUGGGCACAUACUGUUGUCUUGCUCUAUGGAUUGCAAAAUUAAGCUAUGGGAAGUUUAUGGUGAUCGAAGAUGUCUACGAACAUUUAUUGGACAUAGCAAAGCUGUUCGAGACAUCUGCUUUAAUAAUGCUGGCACUCAGUUUCUUAGUGCUGCAUAUGAUCGCUACCUGAAGCUCUGGGACACUGAAACAGGGCAAUGCAUUUCAAGAUUCACAAACAGGAAGGUUCCUUACUGUGUCAAGUUCAAUCCUGAUGAAGAUAAACAAAAUCUCUUUGUUGCAGGAAUGUCAGAUAAGAAAAUUGUGCAGUGGGAUAUCCGAAGCGGUGAGAUUGUGCAGGAGUACGAUAGGCACUUGGGAGCUGUCAACACCAUUGUGUUUGUGGAUGAAAAUAGAAGGUUUGUGAGUACAUCUGAUGACAAGAGCUUAAGAGUCUGGGAAUGGGACAUUCCUGUAGACUUCAAGUACAUAGCUGAGCCAAGCAUGCAUUCAAUGCCAGCUGUGACUUUGUCUCCAAAUGGGAAAUGGUUGGCUUGCCAGUCAAUGGAUAACCAAAUUCUGAUCUUUGGAGCUCAGAACAGGUUCAGAUUAAACAAAAAGAAAAUUUUCAAGGGUCACAUGGUUGCUGGCUACGCUUGUCAAGUGGAUUUUUCACCUGACAUGAGCUAUGUGAUAUCUGGAGAUGCAGAUGGGAAACUGAACAUCUGGGACUGGAAGACAACAAAACUCUACAGCAGAUUGAAAGCACAUGAUAAAGUCUGUAUUGGUGCAGUGUGGCAUCCACAUGAAACAUCUAAAGUCAUUACAUGUGGCUGGGAUGGUCUUAUUAAAUUAUGGGACUAAAGAGGGUGCUCCAAAGAUCUAAAGCUGCAAGUCCUGCAUACCAGACUGAGUUCUGCUAGGGGCAGACACUUUCAGUCCUGCACUUCUGUAAAUAUGUACUAAAAAUGGGAAAUCUCCUGAAGUCAUGACCAAAAGGGUGCAGUUCUAAAUCAGACCUCUGAGAACAAGAAGCUGAGGUCCUCUGCAGCAUGCAGCAUCAAGUGGUUGUGGUGUCACCUUUUCUGCAAAACACUCUUGUAAAAUAAAACUAUUUUCAGAAAAACUUACUUAUUUUUGUGAUUCUGGCUGUUAAAGGAGGAAACUGGAAAUCCUGUAACUCUCGUCUUAAGGAGAAGUCUUUGCUAGCUGCUGCAAGAGAGCUGGGAAUGAUUUGUUUACCUGCUUUUGGAGUGGUAUUUCAUUGUCCCUAAGAGAGUUCUGUCUUUUAGAACACAACUCCACUUGCUAAGAUCUGUUAAUUUGCAGUAGAAGAAUUAAUUAAGCUAGAAGUCAUCAGAUAAAACUGUAUAAACUGAAGACUCUUCAUAACCUCUUGGUUCCUGCCUGUAUUUAAUAGCAGCAUGCUGGUCCCUGAGUUUCAGCUUCACAAGUACCCCUCACUCUCAACAUUUUGCUUGCAGUGGUUGUGAAGUGUCGUUUUUCCUCUUCCCCUCUGCUGCUCUGUUCCAACAAGCAUGACAAAACAACAACAAAAAAAGAAGUGAAUGGCUCUUGUUCAGUUUGGAAUCUGCUGUAUUAUAAGCCCCAGAAAGCUUUUGACAGUUUCAUGUACAUACAUGGCACACUUUUUCCUCUUUACAGAACUUAUUUUUAAUAAAUCCUUUAUAAAAACUUUGCUUCUCUUCAUUCAGUUUGUCUAGCAAUGACCAUAGAAAAUAUUCCCUACCCUUUCAUCUUUUAAUUUGCAGCUGUAAGAGCAGUCAGAUAAACUCUUGCACUGUUCCUAAAAAAACUAAUGCAAGCUGGAAGCAAGAGGGGGGAAUAAUCCUUUUAACUCCCUACCCACUCUCUUUUUGAGCACAGAAUGGAAAUGUGUAACAGAUUUGUCCCAGUGAUUAGUUUUUAAUUACAGUCUUGGCUUACACUGUAUUGUUUACCAUAAAUCCAAUCACUGCUCAUCAAUUCUGAAAGGAGCAAAGGAGCAAUUGCCUGAGUUUGACAGCAGGAUAGAAGAUGAGGAGAUGCAAAAAGAAGCUCAAAUUGUGUAGGGGUAAGGAAAGAGGUUGGGAGGUUUUGGUAGUUGGGGGAGUUUUGAUUUGUUUGAUUAACCAGACAAGUCAGUUCUUUCAAGGGGUACUUACUAAAGGUAGGUCCUUGGGAGGGAACACAGAGUUUACACGUUUUUAGAUCAACUCUAAAGCUGAGCUUCAGAGUCUUUCCAGUGUCCCUUCACACAAGUCAGGUAACUGCACCAUGUUUCUGUUUCUGUUACUUCCCCCACCUGGGCAGCCUCCUGUGCCUGAAAAAUUCCACAAGUUGUUCUCACAAGCUGUGUUCUGCUGCUAACAGGGAGUUCCCUGACCUUGCACCCACCCAAGCACUGAGGUAGGGAAUGUUAGAGCCUGGGGAGAGAGGAAUUAGCUGGUCCAGCAUGUCCUCAGGACUGUACCUUCUGCAGGCAGAGGCUGUUCCUGUUUCUUGGCUCUUCAGGAUGCAAGGGGGAGUGACCUGCCAUGCUUCAGAGAGUG